AUGGCACAAGCAGGCGCAGGCGGGUACAACAACCCGUUGAAGAAGUUCAAGCUGGUAUUCCUGGGAGAACAAAGCGUCGGGAAAACAUCUCUAAUAACGCGCUUCAUGUACGACUCUUUCGACAACAUGUACCAAGCCACCAUCGGGAUCGACUUUCUCUCCAAGACCAUGUACCUCGAAGACAGAACAGUUCGACUACAAUUAUGGGACACGGCGGGUCAGGAGAGAUUCAGAAGUCUGAUCCCGUCGUACAUCCGAGACUCCAGUGUGGCAGUGGUGGUAUACGAUAUUUCUAGUACGGGACUCGAGCUACAACGUGCAUCAAGAGUGAGAGGGCUGACUGGUUUGGCAGAUGCGAAAUCCUUCCAGAACACCAGGAAAUGGAUAGACGACGUGCGCGCGGAACGAGGCAACGACGUGAUCAUCGUCCUGGUGGGCAACAAGACAGAUUUGAACGACAAGAGGGAAGUCACCACGCAACAAGGUGAAGAGGAGGCCAAGAAGAACAACCUCAUGUUUGUGGAGACGAGCGCGAAGCUGGGCCACAACGUCAAGACGCUCUUCAGGAGGAUAGCACAAGCGUUGCCCGGUAUGGAGGGGUCAGACGCUGCCGCUCAAGCUUCAUCGCAAAUGAUCGAUGUCAAGACCAACACUCAAAGCUCCCAGCAAGACGGAUGCGCAUGCUAA